GAGUACACACACCUAUACACACACACACACACACACACACACACACACACACACAGUUAUACACACUUAUACACACACCUAUACACACCUAUACACACCUAUAUACACUCUGAAGUAAAGCGUGGUUUAUUAUACAGAACACACACACUCUCUCUGCGCGCUCUCGGGAUGAAUCGCAGCGGCGGCGGACUGUGUGGAUUAUGAACCCGGAUCAUCAUCAGUAGUGUGUGUGUGUGUGUGGUUCGUGGCUGAGCUCACCUGUACCUGUCCGUUAAUGAGGUGUGUAUAGAGAGCGGAACUGAGAGGAUUGAUGACUGUUCUGUGGGGAUUUCUCUCAUUAUGAUGAUGUGUAGGCAGUCUCACAGUGAAGUGGACGGAAUGGGACUGAGCCGAGCACCGCUGCCCUCCAUCUCCACCUUCACCAGCACCAGUACACCCAGCACCAGUACCAGCACCAGCACACCCAGCAAACACCGGGGAACAGCAGCACACCUGAGAUGGAAGGAGGAAAUGGCUCAGGUGAGGCACUGUGACAUCAUCAUGACGAAGAGAGAGCCGGAGGAGUUCGAGCUGCUCGACUACGAUUUUAUUCUCUCCAACAGCGGCAUGCAGCAACAACAGCAGCAACAUGGCCGCCCCGCUCCACAGGAAAUGACAUCACAGCCAUCAGCAGCGUAUCUGUCCUAUCAGAUGCCGUACGUCUCGGACAUUAGCGACGUCUCUCCGAGCGGAGGGUUCGUAGCCGAGCUCAUGAGACCCGAUCUGGAUCCUGCCUACCUUCAGCCGCUAGGCUCAGACGCUAAUGCUAACGCUAACAUGAACCUUCAGGGCAAAUUCGUCUUUAAGACGACCAGUGUGCAAUCCAACAUGGCCGACUACGCCGAGGGGCCGAGCGCGGGGGCCACAGAAGUGUCCUCAGCCAUGUUCCUGUGUCGCAGGAUUAAACAGGAAGACCAGGGCCACGCCUCCACUUCCUCUUCCUCCAUGUCACAGGAUGGACCUCACUCAUCACCUCAGGUGUUGGUGGUGCCGCCGCCUCUCUCGGUGUCGCAGGGAUUCCACCAAACUCCCAGUUUCUCCCAGUUUCCUUCUGCAGCCCUGCAGUACCCAGAAAUGGUUCCUCCUUUAUCUGAGGAUGUGAAACCUAAACGAGGACGCCGCUCGUGGCCGAGGAAGAGGAUGGCCACCCAUACCUGCAGUUACGCCGGCUGUGGAAAAACCUACACCAAGAGUUCUCACCUGAAAGCUCAUCACAGAACUCACACAGGAGAGAAGCCGUAUCACUGUGACUGGGACGGCUGCGGGUGGAAGUUUGCUCGCUCUGAUGAACUGACCCGUCAUUACCGUAAACACACCGGCCACCGACCGUUCCAGUGUCAGAAAUGUGAGCGAGCGUUUUCUCGCUCGGAUCAUCUCGCCCUGCACAUGAAACGUCACCUAUAACCACUCUACAGUACCAGCAACUGGAUUCUACAGGUCCUUCCCUAAACUCAUGAGAGGACCAGCAACUGGAUUCUACAGGUCCUUCCCUAAACUCAUUAGAGAGGCCUUUUCAACAACAGAUGAAUGACGACCUGCUGUGGAGUUCACAGCAAAACUUCAGAAUUUUAUGAUUAAAUAUUUUAUAAACAUUGUAAAUGUAACUGGACAAAAACUGUAACAUUAAUAAUCCUGCCAUCAUAAUAUUAUUAUUAUUAAUAUUAUUAUAUUAUUAUUAUUACUAAUUAUAUAAAAGCUCAGCUCUACAAUAUU